GAGGGACUGGCCUUGCAAAUCCUGGAUUGAGCCUGCCCAUGCAGCGUUGCAAUGGAGCUCAUCACGCCUCGCUUCUCAAUGGAACGGCACUGGAAGGAUCUCGCACUCGGCAAUUGCCACCAAAAAGCCGGGCUGCAUGCUCGUACCCGGCCAACAUCGAGGUACAAGCGAGCACGUGCACAUCGUCGAUGUGAGCAUGUCUCCUCUGUGGAAUUGAUAUCGUCUCAUUCCUGUCUUGUCCUCUUCUCUGAAGACCCGCCGUGGAUAUUCCCAGCCUCCUCGAUUGAUUCCAGUGUCGUCUCGAAGUCUUGAGGACGAAAUCUCGGCGUCCACUGCCGAAGGCCAUGGAGAAACGCAAGGCUGCCACCGUCAACCAGGUCGCGCCGGCGAGCCAUCCGAGUCGGGGUGGCCUACAUGCGGACGAUGAGACUCAGCAUCGACGCUCGACGAGCCGGACAAGGACGUUUAUCCUGGCCAUUGCUACCGUGAUCGCCGUCCUGGCACUGGCGCUGGGGUUAGGUCUUGGACUGGGUUUGCGACACCAUCACAAAACAUCUUCAAGCGCCUCAUCCAGCUCCUCCCCGCCCUCCAGUAACUCGUCAUCCAACAAUGUGAGCUCAAACGCGGCUCCGUCGUCGCAGGCAUCCUUCUCAAUUCCGCCAUGGCGCUCGAACGUUGAGGACUACACCCUCAACAUCACUGGGUGGGAUUUCAAUGCGCCACCUGCGACUCGCACGUAUAACUUUACCAUCGGCGAGGCUCAUAUCGCACCAGAUGGCGUUUCGCGUACGGUACUCGCCAUCAACGGCCGGUUCCCAGGGCCCUUGAUCCGCGCCAACAGAGGCGAUCGACUCCUAAUCAACGUGCAGAAUAACAUGACGAAUGCCACAUCUUUUCACUGGCAUGGGAUCUUCCAAAACGGAACAAACUGGAUGGAUGGGACUUCAGGAGUCACGCAGUGUCCCAUUGCGCCAGGCAAGAGUUUCUCGUACAAUUUCACCGUCGACAACCAGUUCGGCACGUACUGGUACCACACCCACUAUUCCACAGCAAACGGUGACGGCCCUGUCGGACCACUCAUCAUUCAUGCACCAGAGGAAGUCGAGCUACAGAAGCACUACGACGUAGACCAAGUCGUGCUCUUACAGGACUGGUAUCACGACUACAGUGAAGCAUUAAUCCCUGGGUAUCUCGCAAGCGACAACGAGAAUGCCGAGCCCGUCCCAGAUAACGGCCUGAUCCAAGGAACGAACUACUUCAACUGCUCUUCUCUAGACGCAGACGGCGGAUAUCCAUGCAGCGACAACUCCUCGCGUGCCCUCUUCACCGUUGAGCACGGCAAACGCUACCGCUACCGGCUCAUCAAUACCGGCGCAUUCGCAACAUUCGAGUUCUCCGUGGACAAUCAUCCUCUUUCGAUCAUCGAGGCCGACGGCACAGCUACCGAGCUCCUCUCAGUGCAUCGUCUCGACAUCGCCGUGGCCCAGCGGUACUCUGUCAUCUUGACCGCCAACCAGUCCUCGAGUUCAACCUACUGGAUGCGGGCGCAAAUGAACACAUAUUGCUUCGCUGAUGACAAUCCCGUUCUCGACGCCGACGUCCGCGCACUGGUGACGUACACCAACAGCACCAACGGGCCGACCAAGUCUGUUGAUUGGAAAGACGCGCUUGACGUGACCUGCAUCGGUCUCAACGCGUCGCUGCUGACCCCAACAUUCAAAUCUCCUGCUCCUCCCGCGACAACGAUGUACUCAAUCCAAUCAAAUUUUCAGAUCGGAGACUACGCCCUGGACAGGGGCUAUAUGAACGGCACAUCUUGGGUAAUGGACGCUCAGGACCCGACGCUGAACCAGGCUGUUGCCGGUCUCAAGGCAUCGAACACUUCGUUCAGCACGGCCGGAGUAGCUUCGGGCUUCAGCUCGAGCCAGUACGUCGUCAAUAUCCCAGAGUAUGCUGUUGUGGACCUGCUGGUCACGAAUUAUGAUGAUGGCGGCCACCCCUUUCAUCUCCACGGCCACCAAUUUUGGGUACUUGCCUCCUCACCCGAGCAAUACUUUGAUUGGUCAACGUAUCACAGCCUCAACGCGACUCUGCCAAGUGUUUUGAGGCGGGACACAAUAGUCAUUGAUGCUUAUGGCUGGGUGCUGAUCCGGUUUGUGGCAGACAAUCCGGGACUAUGGGCCUUUCACUGCCAUAUCAGCUGGCAUAUGGAGGCUGGAUUGUUGAUGCAAUUUCAAUCGAGAAGCGACAUCAUGACCACUUGGACACUACCGGAUGAUGUUCUGGGACUUUGUUCAUAGUCACUCAAGAGACUCCCGCGAGAGACUCAUGCGAGGGACUUUUCAGAGAUAGCAGCAACCUUUGGAGCCUAGCAAAUGCAAUCAUGUUUCAGCGCAAUCCAUCAUCGGCUGGUCUCAGAAGCUCUCGCCAGGGGUCAUCGUCCCAAUUAACAAAUCCUUCGUCUAAGUCAUCGUUCAAGAGAGACUCUGAUGGAUCAAAUUGAUACAAGGCUGGCCGAUCUUGGGAUAACUGUCCACCAUACCCCAACUCAGGGCCAGCGUGUGUGGUAUUCUUAUCAGGAACGGGGUGGCUUGGAUUCUC